CCCCUCGUCUGCCUGGGAGUUGUAGUCCCGCUCUCCCCCUGUAGUCCAGGGGCGUGCGUGCGUGCGUGCGUUCGGAGCUCGGGACCUUCCCCUGCCGGUCCUCGCUUCGGCUUUGAAACUCCACAGAGAAGCAAAACCCAUUGAGAAACAUCUGCAGAGUUGAAUUGCCAAAGUUCUCCGUUUUCCUCUGACCACCACAGCCACCUGAAAUCAGUGACUUUGGAUAUUAGCACUCUCAAGACCAGACUUGAGCUACAACGAAGGAUGUCUUUCAUAUUUGGACAACAUCUCAUCAAGCCCUCCGUGGUGUUUCUGAGGACAGAACUGUCCUUCGCUCUCGUGAACAGGAAGCCAGUGGUACCAGGACAUGUCCUGGUAUGUCCACUGCGCCCUGUGGAGCGUUUCCGUGACCUGCGUCCUGAUGAAGUGGCGGAUUUGUUUCAGAUGGCCCAAAGAGUUGGGAAUGUGGUGGAGAGACAUUUCCAAGGAACUUCCCUCACAUUUUCCAUCCAGGAUGGGCCUGAAUCUGGACAAACUGUGAAGCAUGUCCAUGUCCAUAUACUUCCCAGGAAGGCUGGAGACUUUAGCCACAAUGACAGCAUCUAUGAUGAGCUUCAGAAGCAUGAUAAAGGAGAAGAAGAUUCCCCAGCUAAGUGGAGGUCAGAAGAUGAAAUGGCAGCAGAAGCAGCUAAACUCCGAGAAUAUUUUCAGUGAAGAAGCUUCCAGACAAGAAGGCAUCUUGGACAAAUCCCAAGGCAAGAAGAGAAAGUGGGUCUCCUCAUCCAGGAUGUCAUCAUAUUGGCCAUGAAGCUGAGCAGGAUCGAUCAAUUAUCCCUUCCAAAGAAUACAGCCUCCUCCUUGACCUAACCCUUGAUUACCUACCCAUGGGCAGGUUGUUAGAUGUACACUUCCAUCAGAAUGACUGCCGGGCUCUUUUUCCCUUCUAUGGUUUUACUCAUACCCAUUCUCCCCUUGGCUUUGCAGUUUAGACCAGCAGCUGUCCCUGGUCCUGCUUGGA